UCCUCCUACUGAACUUUGUUGAUGCAGCCUAUUCUGCGCUCUGCCAAAUAAUGUUAUAAUUGAUCCAUUGUAAACCAUGACUAUAUAAUUGUAAAACAUUCUCCAAGAAAGGAUGUUCAAAUAUUUGCUUACAGCCCAGAACUUCACAUUAAUGGUGCAUAUGAAAAGUACUUCAAAAGGUUAUAAUUUAAAUAUUUGUAUGCAUACGUACUUUGCAAAUUUAUAUGUACAUAAUAUCAAUAAAUAACACUUUGUGAUUGUGAUGCACUGCCUAACAAAUGUAAAAAGUUGAAACUUCUCCUAGUGCAAUGCGUAGAAUAUCGCUAUAUGAAUUCAUCGUUAAGCACUCUAAAUGUACAUUGUGUUCACUUGUGUGCUGACCAUUCACAGCGUCAAUUCAGUGACCAUAAAAAAUACUCUGGCUUUUUUUAUCAUUACUACAAAGAGGCAUGACAUUUACUGAAAUGUGCUAAGAUGUAAGAAAGAAAGAGAUAUUUGUGUUAUAUACCAGACUAAUUUAAGGUAAAGUGUGGCUGUAUAUCAUAGCAUAUAAACUGGGGAGGAAGUCCUAUUUGUGUGAAAUAUAUGAUUAUUUUUUAAUCAACUGCUUCUUGAAAUCAAGGCAUGGAAAUGAGCUUCAUGGUGAUGUACAAUAUUUUUAUGAUUACUUGUAAUAGGAUAGGAAAGGCUGGUGUGAAGCAUCUAAGAGCUAAUUUGAGUAAAAUUUGAUUUAAUUAACUUCUUAUAUUUAAUCCAGAAUACCAAACUCAUCAUGCAGUGUGUAGAAAGUUAUAUAAAAAUUGUGAACUGACACUUAUGUAUAUAGUGAAAAACCUGCAUGUAACAAGUGAUUUGGAAAAAACAGUGUUAUGAAUAUUUGAAUACUUGUCUGCAGAGAAAGAAUACGACAUGCAUAAGUAAGUUAAAUGUGCAUAUGCUUCGGCUCUGGUGCAGAAUUGGGUGCCCCUUUGAUUCGUGACAAUUUUUUUAAAAUUUUGGUGAUAAAACCUCACUUCUGGGUACCGUGAUAGUUUUAACUUUGUUUUAGCUUCCUGAUUUUAUUUAAAUGAAAAUAGACUUAUGUAUACAUGGAAAAAUGUAAGGCAGUGCGCAAUGCCUAGUUUGUGCAAUUCUAGGAUAUUUUUCUUAGGUGAAAAUAGAUCGAUGUGUACAUGGACACAGAGUUUCUACAAUUCUUUGACCUCUUAUUUUGGUUUUGUGUAGCGGCCAUCAUGAAAUUGUGCCUUCCUGGUGCCGAUCUUUGCGUCAAAAAAGAAUCGCCAAAAAACAAGGGGCACCCAAUUGUAAACUUUUAUAUAAGGCGGCAAUAUCAUGUGAGGGAGUCUUUUUGUAGAGGACUGCUGUAGCGAAGUUCAUGCAUAAGCAAAAAUAAUCUGCGAGGUAUGCAACUAGGCAUUUGGAAUAAGGAAGUUUUUUAAAUGGAACACAUCUAUUUUCACAUCUAUCACAUAAAUUUUGGUUUCACAUUUAAAUGCCAAGCUGUCUUGAAUUGAAAAAAAUCCAGAAUAUUUAAAUUAAGUGAUUUUAAAAUAGGAUAAGAAGUUUUUAAGUGUAAAACAAGAGGGUAAUUUUGUGGAACUUUUAAAAUGUUUUUAUUGACUAGUAUUUUUGAAUAAAAUGAAGAAUCUUGAUCUGUUACCAUGGUUUAGUUUCAUCUACCUGUGCACAGUAAAUCUACUGCAUAAUAUAUGCAAUUUUAAUUUUCAACUUUGCAUUGAUAGAAUUCAUUUAAAUCCCAUUUCCUUUAUUUCUUCAGGCCAAUAUUUGUUACGUGUGUAGAAAGCAGUAUUGCAUAACUAACUUUUUUACUACUAUUUUUAAUGCUUAAAUUUUGGAAAAUUACCCUGAAUUUUCCUUACUUCAUAGAUAGUAAUGAUAGGUAUAUUACCAAACAUUUAAAGUAAGGGGAUAUAAGUGUUGAAUUUCAUACAGGAAAUGAAACUCAUCUGUGUCAUGUAUAUAAAAAUAUUAUUUUCUUGAAAGACUACUUUAAAUAUGCACAUGCUUAUUCACAUAGAAAAGAAAUCAUUUGUAUUUCAGGUAUGUAACAAAUCAUUUAGAAUAAAGUGUCUUUUAAACCAGCAUAUGCUUAUUCACGCAGGAGAAGAAGCACGUAUAUGUGAGGUAUGAAAUGACACUUUCUUAAAAGGUUCAUUUAUUAUAUAUGCUUAUUAGUACAAGAGAGAAACCUUAUAUAUGCGACGUCUGUAAGGCAUCCAUGAGUCAUAAGAGUACUUUAAAUAUGCAUAUCCUUAUUCACACAGAAGAAACACCUCAUGAAUGUGAGUUAUGCAACAAAUCAUUUACUUACAAAAGUCAAUUAAAUAGGCAUGUGCUUAUUCACACGGGAGAAAACCCUUAUGUAUGUAAAGUAUGUAACACAUCAUUUAGUCGUAAGAGUACUUUAAAUAGGCAUAUGCUUAUUCAUUCAGCAGAAAAGCAUCAUUUAUGUGAGAUGUGUAAAAAGUCAUUUAGUCGGAAGGAUGACUUGAAUAAGCAUAUGCUUAUUCACACAGGAGAAAAGCCUUAUGUAUGCGAGGUAUGUAAGAAGUCAUUUAUUCAAAAGGUUCACUUCAAUAUGCAUAUGCUUAUUCACACGGGAGAAAAACCUCAUGUGUGUGAGGUAUGUAAAAAAUCAUUUAUUCAAAAGGGUGACUUGAAUAAGCAUAUGCUUAUUCACACGGGAGAAAAACCUCAUGUGUGUGAGGUAUGCAGCAAAUCAUUUAUUCAAAAAAGUCACUUAAAUAGGCAUGCACUUAUUCACACAAGAGAAGAACCUUACAUAUGUCAAGUAUGUAAGACAUUAUUUACUUAUAAGAGUAAUUUAGAUGCACAUAUGCUUAUUCACACUGGAGAAAACUUUUAUAUAUGUGAAGUAUGUAACACAUCAUUUAGUCGUAAGAGUGCUUUAAAUAGGCAUAUGCUUAUUCACUCAGCAGAAAGGCAUCAUUUGUGUGAGAUAUGCAAAAGAUCAUUUAGUCGUAAGGAUGACUUAAAUAUGCAUAUGCUUAUUCACACAGGAGAAAAGCCUCAUGUAUGUGAGAUAUGCAAGAAGUCAUUUAUUCAAAAGGUUCACUUCAAAAUGCAUAUGCUUGUUCACACAGGAGAAAAACCUCAUGUGUGUGAGGUAUGUAGAAAAUCAUUUAUUCAAAAGGGUGACUUAAAUAAGCAUAUGCUUAUUCACACAGGAGAAAAACCUCAUGUGUGUGAGGUAUGCAACAAAUCAUUUAUCCAGAAAAGUCACUUAAACAGGCAUGUGCUUAUUCACACAAGAGACGAACCUUACAUUUAUCAAGUAGGUAAAAUAUUAUUUACUCACCAGAGGAAUUUAAAUGUAGAUAUGCUAAUUCACAGUGGAGAAAACCCUUAUAUAUGUGAAGUAUGUAAGACAUCAUUUAGAUGUAAGAAUACUUUAAAUAAGCAUAUGCUUCUUCACAUAGCAGGAAAGCAUCAUUUGUGUGAGAUAUGCAAAAUGUCAUUCACUUGGAAGGAUGACUUAAAUAAGCAUACGUGUAUUCACACAGCAGAAAAAGCUCAUGUGUGUGAGGUAUGUAACAAGUCAUUUAUUCGAAAAUGUUACUUAAAUAAACAUAUGCUUAUUCACACAGUAGAAAAAUCGUAUGUGUGUGAGGUAUGUAAGAAGUCAUUUAUUCAAGAGGAUCUUUUAAAUAUGCACAUGCUUAUACAUACAAGAGAGAGACCUUAUAUAUGUGAAGUAUGUAAGACAUCGUUUAGACACAAGUGUAAUUUAAAUGCACAUAAACGUAUUCAUACAGGAGAAAAGCCUCAUUUGUGCGAGCUGUGUGAAAAGUCAUUUAGUCGAAAGGAUGAUUUGAAUAGGCAUAUGCGUAUACACACAGGAGAGAAGCCUCAUGUGUGUAAGUUAUGUAACAGGGCAUUUAUUCAAAAGGUUCACUUAAAUAUGCAUAUGCGUUCACGCAGGUGCAUGUUAACAGACGGGUUGAGAACCUGAUGUCCCUGAGGUAUGCAAAAUAUCAUUUAUUCAAAAGGCUCACUUAAACUGUACAUAUUGAAUUAGUUAUCUUUAAAUUUUAAAGUAUAAUUUUAAGAAAUGUUUUACUUUUAUAUGUCUUAUAGAAAGAAGAAAGAAUUAUAGACUAUAACAGAAUGUAGACUUCAUAACAUUUGGCAAAUAAUUGUAUUAUUUACUUUUAACAAACAUGUUAAAGUUUGACACAGGUCCAUGUCAUUUUCCUUUGAAAGGUAUUGUUUUUCUGUAAAAUGAAGGAAAAAAAAAAAACCCUUAUUCAUAAAUUUAAGCAUUGAUUUAUAUUCAUUUUGUUAGUUACAAAAACACCACUGAAAAUUUUUGUAGUGCUACAGUCAAAAGUCGUUAAUCCGGACUCGUCGGGACUUCCGAAUUAUCGAUUUUUCCGGAUUGUAGAUCAUCCGUUUAAAUCUGGUAAGAUGGCAUGCAGA